AUGGGCGUCAACUGGUCCCUCGAGUGCUGCAACGAUAAGCAGUUGCUUUCCAUCUUCCUCAUCGUUUGCUACGCGGUCGUCAUCUUCAAACUAUGGCGCGUGUCUAUCCUCCACCCGUUCAAGAUCCUGACGGUGUUCCUGCACGAACUGGGACAUGCCACCGCUGCGUGGCUCACUUGUGGCAGUGUGAAAGGGAUGGAGGUGCAUCCGGAUGAAGGGGGCGUGACCAAGACUGUCGGUGGGCUGCAGUGGGUCAUCUUGCCAGCUGGAUACUUGGGAUCGGCAGCGUGGGGUAUGGCGCUAACAAUUGCGAGUGCCAACAAAACGGCGUCAGAGGUGGCCGCAGGUGUCCUCAUCUUCUUCCUGCUGGUCUUCAUCUUGUAUGCGCACAAUGGGUACCUGCGGAUUCUGAACCUCUGCUUCAUCGUGCUACUUGCGAGUUUGCUGGCGCUAAACAUUGGCACGACGUUCGACGCCUUGCAGUACGUGACGCUGUUUCUCGGCGUCAUGAGCUGUCUGUUUUCGGUCUAUGAUAUCUGGGACGACCUCAUCUCGCGCCGCGUGAAUGAGAGCGACGCGUCGGUCUUUGCUAAAAUGACGCACACGUCAAGUCGUUGCUGGGGGGUUAUUUGGGGUCUCAUCGCGCUCGUCUCGCUCGUUGCGGCGGUAUACUUCAAUUUGCUGGUUGCCGAGAGCUCGGGCGAGUCCCUCACGAACAUCUCGGACGCGUCCACGGGCACGAAAGUCGCGUUGUCCUUUGCUGUCAUCAUUGUGGUCCUCGCUGUAGUUCACACGGCUGUCACCCGGAGAUGUAUGUUGCGGAAGCGCGUGGGAUUCCGCAGCUACUUUUCCGUCGUAUAA